GGUCGGGUUGUGACGUAGAUUUCAUGCGACGUUUCCUCGCCAACGCAAAUAACCACUUGAUUCUACUAAAUCAUUGUCAUUUUCACAAACUACUCUUUUUUAUUUAUUUGUAGCUCGUUUGUUUAUGGGGUAUAUAUGUUAUUUUUUAAAUCAACGUUUCAUCUUUAAUACUUUGUUCUUUUACGUUUUAUUCGGCGUCACAAACCACGCGCUAGGUGGCAGUAUGUAUGUACAUAACUAACUGUACUCCGUUGACGAAGAAGUAGCUCGUGUGUGUGUGUGUGAGGUUGUGUGUUUAAAUACCUUUCUCUUUGUGAUCGGAUUGAUUAAAGUGCAUGAGUAUUGGCAGAGACGCGACGUUUGUCUCAGAGUAACCGCAGCCAUGUACCACAACAGCUCCCAGAAGAAAUUUUGGACUUUCAGUAAAGAGUCUAACUUGGAAAGUUUAAGACUCGAGGCUAAUCAGAAGUUUCGUGCAAAAGCCCUAAGUCUCCGAAAGCCUGGAAUAAGCGAAUCCCUGUUUCUUGAUCCCUCUGAAGAGAAAGUGGUCUUUAGACACUAUGAGAAGAGAUUGCUUGACUUCUGCACAAUUUUCAAGCCUGCGAUGCCCAAAUCUGUGGUGGGCACGGCUUGUAUGUAUUUCCGAAGAUUUUAUUUGAACAACUCCUUAAUGGAGUACCAUCCAAGAACUAUAAUGUUGACGUGUGUGUACCUGUCCUGUAAAGUGGACGAGUUUAAUGUUUCUAGCACUCAGUUUGUGGGGAAUCUUCAGGAGAAUCCAGCAGCUCAGGAGAGAGCACUUGAGCAGAUCCUAGAGUACGAGCUGCUCCUCAUCCAGCAGCUGAACUUCCACCUGGUGAUCCACAACCCGUACCGGCCACUCGAAGGCUUUCUCAUAGAUCUGAAAACAAGAUAUCCACUGUUGGAGAAUCCAGAGAUGUUGAGAAAAAGCGCAGAGGACUUUCUUAACAGAGCAGCCACGACGGACGCAGGUCUUUUGUUCUCUCCAUCCCAGAUCGCCCUCACCGCAGUCUUCACCAGCGCAGCUCGAGCAGGCCUCGGCAUGGAGACGUAUCUCGUUGAGUGCAUCGGUCUAAAAGACGACAAAGAGACCCUUUCCAAGAUGUACGACACAAUGAGACGAAUCACUGCUCUCGUCAAGGAAUACGAGCUUCCCAAAUCGGAAGAAGUGAACGUUUGCAAGCAGAAACUGGAAAGGAUUCACGCCGAGUUCAACAGCAACACAAACUUAAAAAGGAAGCAUGGCUAUGAAGAUGACGACCACGUCGUGAAAAAGCCCCUUGUUACUGAAGAGGUAAGAUAUGACUUCUUUGCUCAAUUUUCAUCUGCUUCAUUUAUAAGGUAUCUAAUGCAGCUUUAUCACUUUGUAGGAGUGGACCGAUGAAGACCUGGAUGUUUUGUAAUAUGAUUAGUACAUCGUGUUACGUUCCUUAAAUGUACAGAAUCAAUUAGCGCCUUAGUCAGGGUGGAAACCACUGCUUUCUGUCCAUUACUUUAUGCUCUUUUGUAAAUACAUAGGCGUUUAUUUGCCUGCUGUAGUUAUGCUAUUCUAUUAACUGAAAAUAAAAUAAGUUUUGUACCUCUUUGUUUACGGAUGUAGAUUAUGUACAAUAAAGCAGACAUUAAACAUAGGUCAGGAACGAAGGUUCCUUUGCGCUCUAUUUAAUCACUUCACACGCCAGUCUGAAUCAGUCAGUACUUUAUAAAGUUUUAAUAAGUGCAUGCAUUCCUCAUACAGUCUGUACUAUUGUAAAUUUUAUGGCUGUAAACAUCUUAUUUCUCCUUCCCCUGAGGACAAGGUUUAGGAUUAGGAUUAAUCUCAGGGAAGAGUGGACCAAAUCAAAAAUAUAUCAACACAGAAGCGGGGGAGAUAACGCAAAAUUAUAUACUCAUGAUUCCAGCAAGAGAAUUUAUUGUUCUGAUAUAAAAUAAUCAUACUCUCUUUACAAAUCCUGUCUACACCACAAUCAUAAGUAAAUGGAAAAAAAAAAAAAAAAAGAA